AUCAGAAGGAAACCGUGUAGGCAGAACUAGUGUCCACUGACAUGAUCAGCAACUCUAGGGUUCCAGCCUUAUUUUGAAAGUCAAUUGUAUUCGCCAAUCUUUGAUUUAACUACGAACACACACAGGUAGGUUUGCGGUAAAAUAAUUGAAUGAUUACGCUGAAUCAUUUUUGUUUAUAUAUGGUGAAUGCAAUCCUGACGACCUUAACCAUCCGAGUGACGUUUUUGAAAAUUUCGGCUAUGAGGUGGUUGCUUGUUUUUACCCUCUUGUUCUCAGUCAUUAGUGCUAAUCCUGGGUAUAAACAGUGGUCUGAUCUCCAGCCAUCAGUGUCAUUAAGUCACCUGCUUGAACAACAAAGUUUGAAAGAUGGUGUGUUUAGCUCAGAAAAUCUUGAGAUGUUCACCAAUAUUGGUGCUGCUUGGAAAAUAUUUAAGGCACGGUUCAAUCGGGUUUACAAAAACAUCCAAGAAGAAGCGAAACGAUUUUUGAUCUUUGGGGCAAACUUCAUCGAAAUGAUGGAGCACAAUCGGGCUCACCGGGAAGGUAAAGUAUCAUAUGAAAUGGGUGUUAACGAGUUUAGUGAUAAGACUGAACAUGAGCUUAGAAAACUAAGGGGCUACAAACCUCUAAAGGGACCGUCAAAACCAGAAGGCUCUACAUAUAUUCGUUCUGAGCACACUAUGCUGCCAAAUAAAGUUGAUUGGAGGAAAAAAGGAGCUGUAACGCCUAUCAAAAACCAGGGCAAUUGUGGUUCCUGCUGGGCAUUCUCCUCAACUGGUGCCAUUGAAGGUCAACACUACCGCAAGACUAAGAAAUUAGUUAGUUUGUCUGAACAGCAAUUGGUUGACUGUAGUGGUCAUUAUGGGAAUAAUGGUUGUAACGGUGGUCUUAUGAAUUUUGCGUUUACUUAUGUUAAAGAUAAUGAAGGCAUUGAUUCAGAAGUUAGCUAUCCGUACACAUCAGGUGCAACUGGGGAAGAGAACGCUAGAUGUUUAUUCAACGCAUCGAAUAUUGCAGCUCAAGUCACAGGAUUCAUAAAUAUAAGUCCAGGUAAUGAAUCUGCAUUGAUGGAUGCUGUCGCUACCAAAGGACCCGUAUCAGUCGCCAUUAAUGCUGGUCUCCCUAGUUUCCCAAGAUAUAAGUCAGUUGUGUACAGGUUAAUUUACACUUGAAUUUUACUUAGUAAGAGGUGGUGAAGACAAUAACUAUCUGUCUUCAUUCAAAGCAAGUUCGUGCCUGUCAUUAACAAAGCUUUAUUAUCAGAAUAAUACUGGCGGUUAUCUACUAAGAACCGGAAAUAUUGAACUGCCGUGGAGCCUACUUGUCGCGGUAUUAAUAGAUCAAAAAAGAGCAUAUUAUGCUCGAGUAAUAUGUUUUAAGCAGUUUGAAAUUAACUGAAUUCGCUCGAGGUAGUUUAAAUAGGGAUGACUGUUUGAUGUUUAGGUCAUCAGCGGCUUGCCCAGGAACAUAAGUCAGUUCAGGGUGAUUUGUAAACUAAUUUGAUCGUGUAACUAAUCUUUUUUCAUGUUUCCUUGCUGACGGACAUUAUUUGCCUCACAAAUCGUUUAACUGAUAUGUAAUAACUGACGAGAUCACUUACGUUGCCUUGACAGUUAUUACAGAAACUGUUUGUCUACCUUAUAGCUUAAUUUAUUUAGGAUUUGGUAUAAACCUGCUAGUAAAAGAGAAACAAGCUUUAGGCUUAAUUUUCAUUUUUCAUAACGUCCAAUAUAUAUAUAUAUAUAUAUAUAUAUAUAUAUAAGAUUAAGUAUUCUGGAUUGUUCAUAUAUGUAAAAAAUGACUGAUCUGUGUAAGUUCGGACAAGAAGAGGAUUUCAGCCAACAUUAUCAUGGCAAUCAGAAACGGGCUCUUUGGAAACAGAAUACAUAGAGCGCAAAACUGAAGAUCUUAUCCCCAUAAUCUGAUGUACUGUUACAUAAUAUCCACCGACUACCUAGGUGAUUUUCGAUUUACGCAUUAAAUGUCUGUAUACGAAUCCCUAGCUAUAGUGUGGUAUACAGUUUGUAUCAAAGUGAAAUAGGUUUCUAAUUUUGUAAAUGUAAUUGGUGGUAAAUAAAUUAAGAACGAUGUUUAGUAGCUUGUCCAUAAAAACUGAGAAACAUUUAACUUCAAAUCCGAUAUGUAUGCAGAACACCAAAAUCAGAUGCUACAUUCUGCUAAAUUUAGAGGAUUAAAAGACACCAAGUGAACUACGUACUGUAUGUCCAAUCUGUCUGUUCAUUUUUCUGUUGAAAUGACUUGUGAACAAUAUAGGUGAAUGGUGCGAAGCUGUUGCUCCAAUUUAUCAUGGAUAUUCACCUGUUAAAAGCCUAAUAAAAAUUGUCAAAGAUUAAUAUUCAUCGGUCAUUAGUUUCUCGUCUCAUGCCAUACAACCUUAUUUUUUGAAAGCAUUGUUCUAAGUGAGUAUGCCGUAAUUUUUUUAUGGUCAUUGAUACCUGUUUCUUUUCACUGUAUGGACCUAUUGUUCAUGUUUAAUAUUUAAUUAGUAAACAAGUAUUAAUUAAUAUAUGUAUAAAACUUGGGCACUGUGGUAGUAAGUAACUCCAUAUUAGUUUGUUUAUUAGAUAUAUCACACAGUGACAAUAAUACUGUUUCACUGUGUUAUAUAUCUAAUAAACAAACUAAUAUGGAAACAAGUAUUAACUCUAUGAAAACUGCGGUUACACUUUUUCCUGUGGAAAAAUCCUGAGUUGGUGGUUAUUCCUCAUUUUCUUAACCCAGGCAUUUACUCAGACCCUGAG